UUUGACCUCUGACCCCGCUCCUAUUCCCGCCCACCUGGCGACCUCAGCAGUGUGAGCGUUAUGCGCAUGCGCCGCGGAUCCCGUAGGAGCUCCUUCCUGCCAGAUAGUGCUCCCUAACAACAGACAAAGCUUUCCUGCGUGGAUUCCCGGGGAGAGAGUGGAUCGAGGCGCUUCCGGAUCCCCUUCCAUGGGUCCAGAGCGGCGGUCUGACUGCAGAGCGUAGCUGAACCCGGAGACGUGGCGGUGCGCCCCGCCGCAGAGAUGGACGACCCGCAGGAGCAGCCGGCGAAGAAGGCGAAGCUGGAGGCCGACGGGGAGCAGGAGUCAGAGCUCAGGAGUCUGAGUGCAGAUGGGACUCCAGCUGCUGCUCUGGCUUCAUCGGAGGAGGAAGGCUCCUUCUCUGCUCUGUCUGCGGCCCGGCUGGACCCAGGUGAGCAGGAUCAGCCGAGCGGCGCCAGAGGAGAAUCGGACCGGCCGAUCGGCGACACCGUCGACUCCUUCUCCCAUCCAGAUGGUGACUCGGCCCAGUCCGACUACAGCCAGCAGGUCUACCAGGAGGCCAGCCCUGCAGUGACGUCCUUCAGCAGCCAGGUGGCGUUCCAGUCCGCCGUCUACUCCUCCUUCCCUCAGAGCGGUCAGACCUACGGCCUCCCGCCCUUCGGUGCGCUGUGGCCAGGUGUGAAGACGGAGACAGGGCUGCCUGUGGCGCCCCCCGGUGGCCAGACAGGGUUCCUCAGCUUCAGCACAGGAUACACCUCCACCCAGCCGGGCCAGCUGCACUACUCCUACCCCAGCCAAGCCUCCAGCUUCACCACGUCCAGCGUUUACUCCAGCAUCCCCUCAUCAACCACCGUCAGCAGCGCCACCACCGCCGCCACUGGACCACCGGAGUUCAGCAGCUACAGCUCACUGGGACAGAACCAGUUCUCCCAGUACUACCACCUUCCUCCCAACUACACGCCCACCGCACCGCCCUGCGCAGAUGAGCACGGCCCCAGUACCGGUGCUGGUACCGGCGGGUAUUCAGCGGUGAAGUCCGAAGAGGCCACCCCAGCCGGACCGCCCACAGAUGCGUCACCACCUGAGAAUCCGCCAGCAGGGGGCGCCAGAGAUCAGGACGAGGUCGGCCACAGGAACUCUGUGGGAAAGUCCAAAGCCAAGGCCAAGAAGUCUGACGGCUCGCCGUCCGCCAGCAGUGACCUGGAGCGCGUCUUCCUGUGGGACCUGGAUGAGACCAUCAUCAUCUUCCACUCUCUGCUCACCGGAACAUAUGCACAGAAGUUCGGCAAGGACCCGGCGACCAUGCUGAACCUCGGCCUGCAGAUGGAGGAGCUGAUCUUCGAGCUGGCUGACACUCACCUGUUCUUCAACGACCUGGAGGAAUGUGAUCAGGUCCAUAUCGAGGAUGUGGCAUCUGAUGAUAACGGCCAGGACCUGAGUAACUACAACUUCAUGGCCGACGGCUUCAACGGUUCGAGCGGCGCCGGUGGAGCGGCGGGGGCCGCCACAGGGGUGCAGGGCGGGGUGGAGUGGAUGCGGAAGCUGGCCUUCCGGUACCGGCGCCUAAAAGAGAUCUACAGCAGCUACAAGGGAAACGUCGGGGGUCUCCUGAACCCCAUAAAGAGGGAGCUGCUGCUGCGGCUGCAGUCUGAGAUCGAGAGCGUCACAGAGUCGUGGCUCACCACCGCUCUCAAGUCCCUGCUGCUCAUCCGGUCCAGAGGGAAGUGCAUGAACGUGUUGGUGACCACGACCCAGCUGGUCCCAGCGCUGGCCAAGGUUCUGCUGUACGGCCUGGGAGACGUCUUCCCCAUCGAGAACAUCUACAGCGCCACAAAGAUCGGGAAGGAAAGCUGCUUUGAGAGGAUCGUCUCUCGCUUUGGGAAGAAGGUGACCUAUGUGGUGAUCGGAGACGGCCGAGACGAGGAGUUUGCAGCAAAACAGCACAACAUGCCUUUCUGGAGGAUCUCCACCCACGGCGACCUCGUCUCCCUCCACCAGGCGCUGGAGCUAGACUUUCUGUAGACGUCCUGCACCUGGCGGCCAUGUUUGUGGGCGGAGUCUGAAUGCGCCCCGCUCUCUGGCAGCUAAACUCACUGCCGCUCAGACUGACUCACGCUUCACUUCCCCCGUCUCCAUCUGGACGUCUGCAGAGGACUUCCGGUUCUGGAGACAUCGACCCCUUUGGUUCAUUGUGUUUUAGUCUGGACCCAGAAAGUUCUGGUUCUGGACCGCUGUGCUCUGCGAACCGGUCCUGCAUGCUCCGACCCGAUCCAAACCGAGACGACGAACUCUUUAAUCCCAAAGAACCGGAACAACAGCUGAAAUCCCCGCGAAGGUCCGGAUUCCCUCAAUCAGAACAUCACCAUGCAAACCAGACCGGACCGAACCAGACGGGUUCGUCCUUCAGACGAACAGGAAGCGAAAGCGGAGCAAACGUUCUGAUUGGGCCGCGAGGAAUUUGGAGCCGGUGUGUUUGGUGACUCAGCGAAUUUCUAUCUGUGCCUUUCAGCGUCGCUCGUCUUUCAAAGUCUCAUUUUUCUGUUUCCUGUUCUGAGUCUGUCCGUCUCUCUGUCCGUCUCUCUCUCUGUCCAUCUCUCUGUCCGUCUCUCUCUCUGUCCGUCUCUCUGUCUGUCCGUCUCUCUCUGUCCGUCUCUCUCUCUGUCCGUCUCUCUCUCUGUCCGUCUCUCUCUGUCCGUCUCUCUGUGUCCGUCUCUCUCUCUGUCCGUCUCUCUCUCUGUCCGUCUCUCUCUCUGUCCGUCUCUCUCUGUCCGUCUCUCUGUCCGUCUCUCUCUCUGUCCGUCUCUCUCUCUGUCCAUCUCUCUCUCUGUCCGUCUCUCUGUCCAUCUCUCUGUCCGUCUCUCUCUCUGUCCGUCUCUCUCUGUCCGUCUCUCUGUGUCCGUCUCUCUCUCUGUCCGUCUCUCUCUCUGUCCGUCUCUCUCUGUCCGUCUCUCUGUGUCCGUCUCUCUCUCUGUCCGUCUCUCUCUCUGUCCGUCUCUCUCUCUGUCCGUCUCUCUCUGUCCGUCUCUCUCUCUGUCCGUCUCUCUCUCUGUCCGUCUCUCUCUCUGUCCAUCUCUCUCUCUGUCCGUCUCUCUGUCCAUCUCUCUGUCCGUCUCUCUCUCUGUCCGUCUCUCUCUGUCCGUCUCUCUGUGUCCGUCUCUCUCUCUGUCCGUCUCUCUCUCUGUCCGUCUCUCUCUGUCCGUCUCUCUCUGUCCGUCUCUCUCUCUGUCCGUCUCUCUCUCUGUCCGUCUCUCUCUCUGUCCGUCUCUCUCUGUCCGUCUCUCUCUCUGUCCGUCUCUCUCUCUGUCCGUCUCUCUCUCUGUCCGUCUCUCUCUCUGUCCGUCUCUCUGUCCAUCUCUCUGUCCGUCUCUCUCUCUGUCCAUCUCUCUGUCCGUCUCUCUCUGUGUCCAUCUCUCUCUCUGUCCAUCUCUCUCUGUGUCCGUCUCUCUCUCUGUCCGUCUCUCUCUCUGUCCAUCUCUCUCUCUGUCCAUCUCUCUGUCCGUCUCUCUCUCUGUCCAUCUCUCUGUCCAUCUCUCUCUCUGUCCAUCUCUCUGUCCGUCUCUCUCUCUGUCCGUCUCUCUGUCCGGCGCCGACCCGAACGCGGCUCGGUUGAAGUCUCUCUGUAUUUCGGUUCAUCUCGCCAGACGCUCCAGGAGCGUCGCUCAGUUGCUGCGACAAUCACGGCUCAAGUUACUGCUGCAAAACUGCAGCACGACUCGGCAGGAAAUCACAACAGAACCUCCGGUUCUGGAGAACCUCCGGUUCUGGAGAACUUUGAGACACUCUGGUCAGAACCUGCAGGUUGAGAGGAAAUCACCUGAAAUCCAUGGAAACCAGUUGGACCUCAGGCCCGGUUCAUGCAUCAGUUGAGAAGAAGCAGCGGUUCUGAUGGACCUGCCGGUCCGUUUCCUCCUCAGCGUUUCUUUCUGUUCAUCUCACUUCGGAGCCGAGCAAAACCGGGAUGUGGUUCUGGAAACUCGGACCGCUCCGGUUCUGGAAACGUCCGGGACUGUAAAUACAUUUUAAACCUUU